CACCAACCCGAAAUCCAUCCCAUCACAUCAUACAACUAAUCAACCAUGCCUUCAUACACUAUCGCCAGCGGUGACUCACUAUGGAAGAUCUCGCAAGACCACGGAGUCACUCUGGACGCACUUACAGCCGCCAACCCGCAGAUCACCAACCCCGAUCUUAUCUAUCCGGGGCAGCAAAUCAAUAUCCCGGGGCCUGACCAGCUUGCUCCGCAGAGUCGAGACAUCCCAGAGGCUGUCCGUGACACUUCCUAUGGCAGUCCUAUCAUGACUACCACCAGCAGUGGUUAUCCACCUCAUCCACCCACUCCAAGCGCUGCUCCUGCACCCCACGCAGCCCCCAUGAUUCCCCCCCGAAUCCCUCCUCGCCCUCCAAUGUCCCAUGCACCACCUCCGUGGAUCAACGCCAGCCGACCAGGCUACAAAACCGUCGGCUAUUUCACCAACUGGGGCAUCUACGGCCGCAACUAUCAACCCCAAGACAUCCCCGCCGACUACAUCACCCACAUCCUCUACUCCUUCGCCAACAUCCGCCCAACAGGCGAAGUCCACCUAACCGACACCUACAGCGACCUAGAAAAGCACUACCCAGACGACAGCUGGUCCGACCCCGGCAACGAAAACGCCUACGGAUGCAUCAAACAACUCUACCUCCUCAAGAAACGCCACCGCCAUCUGAAAACCCUCCUCUCCAUCGGCGGCUGGACCUACAGUCCCAAUUUCGCCGGUCCGGCAUCCACCCCCUCCGGACGAAGAACCUUCGCCCAGAGUGCAGUUCACCUUCUCGCUGACCUCGGGUUUGAUGGAAUCGACAUCGACUGGGAAUAUCCCCAGAAUGCGGCCCAAGCACAUGAUUUUGUGUUGUUGUUGCAGGAUACCCGUCGCGAACUGGACAGGUACUCCGCCACUCAUCUGCAGGGGAAACGGUUACUGUUGACGAUAGCUGCGCCGUGCGGAGCGAGUAAUUACGAGAAGCUCCGGAUGAGAGAGAUGGAUCAGUUUCUGGAUUUUUGGAAUCUCAUGUGUUAUGAUUUCGCGGGGAGUUGGGAUCAGAAGGCGGGACAUAUGGCGAAUGUUUUUCCCUCCCGGGAUGGUGCUACGCCGUUUAAUGCGGAUGAGGCGGUGAAGGCGUACCUGAGGGGAGGUGUGCAUCCGAGGAAAAUCAUCUUCGGGAUGCCGUUGUAUGGUCGGGCGUUUGAGAAUACGGAUGGUCCUGGACGGGGGUUUCAGGGUGUGGGGGAGGGGUCGUGGGAGAAUGGAGUGUGGGAUUAUAAGGAUUUGCCGUUAGGUGGCCCCGAGGUGGUGGAUCGGGGCCUCAUGGCGAGUUGGUGUUUUGAUCCCGUCAAGAGGAAGAUGGUCAGUUAUGAUACGCCGGAGGUGGCGGGGUUGAAGGUGGAUUAUAUUGCGGGGAGGGGGUUGGGAGGGGCCAUGUGGUGGGAGUUGAGUGGGGAUCACCCCGUGCGGCAUGAGAGGAGUCUGGUGAGGUUGACGGGGGGGAAGUUGGGGGGUGUGGGGGGGUUGGAUGGCGUGGAGAAUACGUUGAGGUAUCCGGUGAGUCGGUUUGAGAAUUUGAGGAGGGGGUUUGAAUGAAUUAUCAUGGGAUAUAUAGUUGAGUGGGUUAUGUAUGCUAGGUGGUAAUUAUGGGUCUAGCUUUAGGAUUCGGGAAAAGUACCCCCGGAGGGUUUGUCCGUCGAGAGAGCAUGUGAAUCCAACUAAACCAUCAGGUCUG